AUGACUCAAUUGCGUUUCGUCACUCUCGACGUUUUCACCUCCAAGCCAUACUCCGGCAACCCACUAGCCGUAGUCUUCCUACCAGAAGAUGAAUCCCAAGCGCUGACCCAGCGCCAAAAGCACCAGAUGACACUGGAAUUCAAUCUCUCAGAAACAAUCUUUGUGCACCCAGUACGCGAACAAUCCAAGCGCAAAAUCGACAUCUUCACUAUCGAAGGUGAGAUCCCCUUCGCAGGCCACCCCACCAUCGGAGCCGCAACAUGGUUCCUCUGCCAUGCCCCAGAUGCCGCUGGUAGCGGCGUAAACACUCUGAUCACCAAAUCUGGCGAGAUCACCAUCUCCAUCCAAGAUCCAGCAACUCAGCACGUUGCUGCAAAGAUCGCGCAUAACACGCGUAUUCAUGCUGCGCGGUUCCCGGUCAAGGACAUGCUACGUCUUCAUCCGACUUUGGCGCCGUAUUUCGACCAAGAUGCGUCAUUUCCCUUGUUUUCUAUUGUGAAUGGCAUGUCGCAGACUUUUAUUGAGCUUCCGUCUUUGGAGGCUUUGGCGGCGGUUCCGCUUGCUGCGGGUGGCCAGCUCGUUCCCGUUGAUGGGGAUUAUCUGGAUGAGGGCUGGCGAUCGGGGUUGAUCUGUGUUUAUUUCUUCGUCCGUGAUGUUGAAGAUAGUGUUAUGAACCAGAAGGUUAUUCGGACACGCAUGAUGUUGGGUGGGCUUGAGGAUCCGGCGACUGGUAGUUCGGCUAGUGGGCUGGCUGCAUACCUGACGUUGACAGAGGGUCAGGCUGGAAAGGAGCACCGUUACCACUUUGUGCAGGGUGUUGAGAUGAAUCGACGCAGUGAUAUUGGAGUGAAUGUCACUUUCGGCAGUGAUAAGAAGAUCGAGCAGGUCGAGCUGACUGGCACUGCGGUGCAGGUGUCAGAGGGCAAGAUCCUGGUUCCUGAUGUAUGA